UUUUGAUGAAGGUCCACUUCCCCUAAGCUGCGUAGUUGUGAUGGACGGAGACGUCUACAAAGAAGCGUCUUCGAUGUCUUCACGUGUUGCAGUGAAACACGCCGACGACAAACCGUUCAGAGUGACGCUCGUUUAAUCGUGUGAUCUGCGUUUCUACGUCAUGAUCGUUAUUUCUCGUGAACUGCUGAAUGAUGCGUCACUUUUUAAAUAUUGGGACAGAAUUGUCUCCUUUCUUUUGGUGCAGUGGUUCCUAUGCUCAAGCAGCCAAGUAAGGAAGCAUUGACGCUCCUCUCCUUUGAAUAGAACCGCUCUUUAGACUACUCUGCUGCUCACUGAGGACCGUUCCAAUGCAGCUGUAGUCUCAUCCGUCUUCUAAAUGUUUAAAUAUGCAGGAUUGUGUCAGGACGGAUAAAAGAUCAAAUCACCGUUGUAACGGCGUCCUCUGCGUCCCCCCCAGGACCAGCUGGCGUCCCUGCAGACGGUGCUGGUGAACUGCAUGAGUCUGAGGAGCUCUCACGGCAUCUUCCCGCUGCUCGCCGACAAGCUGAAGGCGCCCGGCGGGCCGAGCGGGCUGCAGAGGUUCCUCACGGCCCCGGGGCCCCCUGUGCUCUUGGUUCUGGACGAGAUGGACCAGCUGGACAGUAAAGCUCAGGACGUCCUCUACACCGUCUUCGAGUGGCCGUACCUGCCAGAGUCCCGCCUCUGUCUCGUCGGUAUCGCCAACGCUCUGGACCUGACUGACCGCAUCCUGCCGCGCCUGCAGGCUCGUCCUCACUGUCGCCCCCUGCUGCUACACUUCCCCCCCUACAGCCGGCAGGAGCUCACGGACAUCGUCCAGGACCGGCUCGCUCAGGCGUCGGCUGACGGGAUCCUCGACUCCUCGGCCGUUCAGUUCUGUGCCCGUAAGGUGUCGGCGGUGUCGGGAGACGCCCGGAAAGCUCUGGACAUCUGCAGGAGGGCCGUCGAGGUCGUGGAGUCCGACGAGCGGAAGAAGCCGUCGGAUCCGAGCGCCGGCGCCAGGCGGGUCGGCCUCCCCCAGGUGGCGCGCGUGCUGUCGGAGGUUUACGGCGACCGCAUGGCGUCUCCGGGCGGCGGCGGCGGCGACGCGGACGGGGAGAGCUUCCCGCUGCAGCAGAAGCUGCUGGUCUGCUGCCUGCUGCUGCUGACGCGCAGCGGGAGGAGCCGCGAGGUCGUCCUCGGGAAGCUCCACGAGGUGUACAGCCGGCUGUGCCAGCGGCGGCAGGUGUCGGCCGUCGGUCAGGGCGAGUGUCUGUCGCUGUGCGGGCUGCUGGAGAGUCGAGGGAUCUUCUCCCUGAAGAAGGCCAAAGAGGCUCGUCUCACCAAGGUGUUCCUGAAGAUCGAAGAGAAGGACGUUGAAAACUCCCUGAAGGACCGAGUGCUGCUGGGCAGCAUCCUGGCUGCCGGCCUCCCCUCCUGAGCUCCUCUUUGGAUUAGUUUUAGUUCUUUAGCGUUUUUACUGAGACUUUGUAUAUAUUUUAUGAGAUUUUAUCUUUUUAUUUUUUUUCUCACUGAUGUUGACGCUCCGUUUUUAACGCGUCGGUUACAGCGUUUUGUUUCAGUUUGGAGUCGAAUCGUUUCCAUUUUAAUGCUGUAAAUAAACAAAUGUGCAGAACUUUUAA